AGAUAGAAGAAGUGAUUCGGGAGGGUAUGGACCCAAAUGGCUUCAUCAGCUAUGACUCAUCUUUUCGUCUGUGGUGCCCAUCCAAUGAGAAGUUCUGGGAGAACAUCGCCAAAGAUUUCAGGGAGCAGAAGAAACUCAAACAGCAGGGCGGCUUCAUCACCCGAAUGUUCCGAUCUAUAACUCCAAACCGAAAGUCAUUCAGCCGAAUGGGAACCUACUUCAGCUCAACUGUGAUGCGGUCAAACAGAUUCGGCUCCAACCACUCUUCGGCUAGCCGCACCUCUAAACGCAGAUCACGUGACAAGAACCACAACCCAGUUACAGACACGAUUAAAGAAGAUACGGAAGAUUCGACCGGUUCAAGGCAGCUGGAUUUUGGACAAGUUGUAGACUUAGUACUAACUAGACCGAAUAGUACGAAUUACAAACACGAAACUGAAAUGGAGAUUGAAAAUGAGGAUCAAAUUUUGGACCAAGAAAAUUAUUUGGAUACUAAAUCUAUCAGAUAGUUUUUUGAUGAUUUCAUUGUUUAUAGAUGAAUUAUCGCUUCAAAACACGAACAAGCGAAGCUAAAGCAAAGUAUGUACGUUUUUAGAUGGUAUUCACACCAGUUUUGAAAACAAUUACGAAUUGACGUCUAGUUAGAAAAAUUCAGGUUGA